CUAUGACGCCGAACAAACGGAAGUGACCAAUAACAAUUUCCACGUUAAGGUUGUCAUUUUUAACGUUUAAUAACACACUGGACCAUUUUUAAUUUAACUGCAUAGCAUCACAUACUUACAUCAGGUUGGGUUUAAUUCGCGUUAGCUAACAAUGGCUAACUGUGACGGUAUGGUUUUUCACACUCAAAUAGCCUCCAUUAUGGAGGUUCUAGCGAAUGCAGCUGUGGCAGAGAUCUGUAAACUCGUAGACGACGACUAUGCAGUGUUUCGUUUGGAAAUAACUCAAAGCCAGAAAGAAAACAGGGCUUUGCGGAGGAAACUACAGCUACUGGAACUGAAGGUAUCACGGGAGCGCGUCCUCGCGAGUCGUCCCAAUAGUGUCAAGAUCCUCGACCGAUACAGAGGAAUGGCAAGAGGACAUCUUGCUGGAGGACACAGGAGCUUUGUGAAGCCAACGGGACCCAAUGCGUGGAGAGAUGACCAACCAAUCACUGUUGAUGAGGGGAAUGGAACCUCAACCCAGCAUGUUAUUUUGAUAGAGUCUGCAGAUGCAGAGGCUGCAGGUCCUGGAGGAUCAUCUCUGGUCAAGCAGGAGAGGACUGAAGGAGAGGACCCAACACACAGCAGAGACAUCCAGACUGAAGCAGCGGCUGGAGUGGUGCCCCCUGUGGCCGUGGAGGACCUCACCACCACGCCCCAGCACAGGACCCGAUCCAGCAUCACGGAGGUCAGUGGAACGCUGAACGCCGUCCUCAAGUCAGAGACAGACGCCGAGACACACAGGCUCUUACACACAGGAUCUGACCACGGAUCAGACCCAGAGAGACUGUUGUUGGGGAGACCUGGCUGUUCUCCUGCUCCUGACUCAAAGUAUUUACUUUAUGGAAGCCCAAGCCCAAGGUCGGUUCAUUCCCAUGAGGACUCGGGUGAUGCGUUAGAGACUGGCAAUGAUCUGUCUCGUUCUUAUACUACAGCGAUGGACCCUGGCAUCAUGCCCUUGGUAUUAGAGACACAGACUGAUCUGUCUAGAGGGGACUGGAACCAGUACAGUAGUAGUGUAUACUCUGAAGGGUGCAUAGAUAAGAAAAGGGAGGUUAUAGCGAUAGAUGAGGUGACUGUGAAAAUGGAAGAUGACGCUCCUCUGACAUGUAAUGCAGACCAGACUCAUUUAUGGGAAAGAUACUCGCAGAGCAACACCAGUGACUUAGACUGCAGGGAUAGGUUAGAGACAAAUCUAAAUGUUGCGACCCACUCCCCUUUACACGCGGUCAGAGAUCGCGACCCAGUAUCCCCGUCGAUGGCACCUUAUGAUUCACAUGGCAGCAUCUUUUUCGAUCAGGUAUUUAACUCUGACGACAGGGCUAGAGACGAGUGUCGGGGAGGGGGAGCAAUGUCAAGCAAUAGUAAAGAGAAACGGUUCCUCUGCAUGUUCUGUAACAAAGGCUUUAGCUGCCUCCAGAAGAUGGAGAUCCACCAGAGGGUCCACACAGGGGAGAAUCCCUUCAGCUGUACCCAGUGUGAGAAGAGAUUCUCCCGCCAGGACCACUUGAAGAGGCACCAGAGGGUCCACACAGGGGAGAAACCAUUUAGCUGCCCCCAGUGUGAGAAGAGGUUCUCCCAGGCUGGUGACCUGAAGAGGCACCAGAGGGUCCACACUGGGGAGAAACCCUUUAGCUGUACCCAGUGUCACAUGCGCUUUGCCCUGGCUGGCAACCUGAAGAUGCACCUGAAGGUCCACAAGGGAGAGAGGCCGUUCACUAGUAUGCUUUGUGGGAAGACGUUCUCAGAGAGGAGCUACCUCAGGACACACCAGCAGAAAACACAUCCCGCUGUAUAAUAUAGAAAAGUAACCAUUUUGCUCGAUUGCUUCUGCCGUUUAGAUCAAACCCUGCAUUAAAGUCAGAUACAUUUUUAUUGUUGUCAGCUGAAAAGAUCCACAGAUGCAUUUGGAAUAACGAGAGUAACAGAUUUCAGUGUUGGAUAUUCCUGGGUAGAAUUUUGCAUCCAGACAUUGUGUGAUAUACAGUGCCUUCAGAAAGUAUUCACAUCCCUCGACUUUCUCUACAUUUCAUUCUUACAGCCUCAAUUUCAAAUUGAUGAAAUUGAGAUUGCCUUUUUACAAAUUAAUAAAAAAUGAUAAGCUGGAA